AUGGGUAGCAAUUCGAAUUAUACGCCGCUUGGACAAAUUAGAAGAUGGCCAAAAAACGAAGAGGAGACUUUAGGUCAACAAAGUACUUCUGCUGGAUUGUUAGCCCCAAUUCCUGGAGAACAAAUUGGUAUUCAAGGAGAGAUUUUGGUCCGUGCUCAAUUAGCUACGGGUGCCUGUACAAAAUGUGGGUAUGUUGGCCAUUUGCCUUUUCAAUGCCGUAAUUUUAUCCAAAUAAAGCCAAACCAAAAGACGGAAAUUGAUAUUUCUUCAACAAGUUCAGAGGAAUACACAACACCUUUGAAAUCAAAAGAAGGUAUAUUUUUUAAAAGAAAUUAUUUUGGACAUUUUUAA